AUGAGUUCAGACCGUGCCGCCUGGAAUAUCAAAGCUUCAAGAACUGCUAAUCAAGCACACAACCCCAUCAGAGCCAUCGUCGAUAAGCUCAAGUUGAAUCCAAAUGCCACAAAGCCUCUUAUCAGCUUAUCCAUUGGUGAUCCAACUAUCUUUGGUAACUUCAAUGUGGAUCCCAGUAUCAAUGAUGCAGUUGCAAAGCAACUAAACAGCUUCAAAGCAAACGGCUAUCCUCCAGCUGAUGGUACAUUGGCUGCCCGUACUGCCAUUGCUCAAGCCAACAGCGACCCUGCGGCACCUUUGACAGCGAAUGAUGUUAUUUUGGCUAAUGGUUGUUCCGGUGCUCUUGAAAUGUGUAUCAAUGUUCUAUGCAAUGAGGGCCAAAACAUCCUUUUGCCUCGCCCUGGAUUCUCACUUUAUGCUUCGUUAGCUGCUACUCGUUUUGUCGAGCCCAAGUAUUACAACUUACUGCCUGAGCAAAACUGGGAGGCAGAUUUGGCACAAAUGGAAUCUUUGAUUGAUGAUAAAACAAGCGCCAUCCUUGUCAACAACCCCUCCAAUCCUUGUGGCUCUGUAUAUUCACGUCAACAUUUAGAGGCUAUUUUAGCCUUGGCAGAAAAGUACCAUGUUCCAGUGAUUGCUGAUGAAAUCUACUGCGAUCUUGUAUUUGAAGGAAGCAGCUUCUUCCCCAUGGCCAGUUUGACAUCUACAGUACCUGUGUUAGCAGUGGGCGGCCUUGCAAAGAAAUGGUUGGUGCCUGGUUGGAGAGUUGGAUGGAUCAUGAUUCACGAUCGUAACGGUGCCUUUGCAGAAAUCCACAAUGGCCUCCAUCAAUUGGCUCAGCUUAUCCUUGGUCCCAAUUCUCUGAUCCAAGCAGCCCUUCCAGACAUUCUGGAGAAAACACCAGCCUCCUUCUACCAAGAGACCAUCAAGCAACUGGAAAGCAAUGUCGAGCUAAGUAUGAGAGAAGUCGCCAAGAUUGAUGGUAUGGUCCCAGUGAAUCCCCAAGGUGCCAUGUACAUGAUGGUUCGCAUUGAAGUCGAGAAAUUCAAGGAUAUUGAGUCCGAUGUUGAUUUCAGUGCCAAGUUGUUGGAUGAAGAAAACGUUGUUUGUCUUCCAGGAGAGUGCUUCAACUAUCCCAAUUUUGUCAGAUUUGUCAUCACUCCCACUUACGAUCGCCUUGAAGAAGCCUACAAGAGAAUGAACGAGUUUUGUAUUAGACAUCGCAAAUAA